AUGGUUCCUCUUCCCCUGUUCAAGUUCGCGUCUCUCUUCGUGAGGCACAUCUCGAAAUAUGGCGCAAACUAUAUUAAAGCUCAGGCCCACGACCACCCAAAAUUCCGCACUAUUGCAGCUCGAUAUGGCCAGUCGUUGCAUCAAUUCAACAUGCGGAUGCAGGUCACCCUGCUUCGAGAUUUAGCAGCCGAGAAACGAGCGAAAGAAAAGGCCGAAGCUCCUACGGUGAAGACGGAGGAACAGACAAAGGCUGAGGAGGCGGCAAAAGAGAAGAUGGCCAAAGAGAAGGCGGCACAGAAGGAAGUACCGAAAAGUGUAUGGAGGCGCAAAUUUAGGCCGCUGCCAGAGAAUAAAGCGGUGGACCUGUUCGCAGAUGUUAUUGGAGACUCGUUUAUUCUGUUCGUCGCCGGAGGUCUGAUCUUGUACGAAUACGUAAGGUCGAAGGGGAAGCCAGAUGCUAAUGCAGAGAAACUGGCCGUGAUGGCCAAGAAACUCGACGAGCUGGAACAGCGAGAACUCGAGCUGGAAGAGGCGGAGAAGAAACGACAGGCUCAGGUCGAGGCCCUUGAGCAAGCUCUAGAAGAAAUGAAGAAAGGCGGUGACAAGAAGAAGGCAAUAGCAUGGGCUUCAUGAUCAGCAUUAUAUCUGCUGUAGCCCACAAGAACCUUCCGAUAGGGGGAAGUCAACUAUGUCGGUCCUAGAGAACAAAGUGUACUGUUCUCAAAGCUCUGUCAGAUCAGUUGUAUGGAACAGAGCUUUCAUAAAUCGAAUUCUGAUCUCCAAGGGGCACACAAGCACUUUUCGCUUCUCCAAAUGUAUUUAGCCUCAUGAAGUUAUGGUGGACAUGGAACUCGUCUUUACCAAUGUACACUCUACUCUACAUGGAAAUAUAAUCUCAUAUUACAGGCC